AAGAACAAUCAAAGAUUAGUCUUUAAAGACGGUUCGUGUAACGUUACUACUGGAAACAUCAUGGAGAGACGAAGGAAGUACUUAGUUGAUAUAUUCACAACGCUGGUUGACAUGAAAUGGCGCUACAACUUCCUCAUGUUUGUCUCUGGCUUCUUAGCAUCUUGGCUUUUCUUUGCAGUUUGCUGGUUUAUUGUUACCAUAUCUCACGAGGAUCAUAUCAAUUAUGGAAAUGAAAAUUGGAAGCCAUGUUUGGGCAACGUCUACGAUUUCACCACGGCUCUGUUGUUUUCUAUCGAAACUCAGCAGACGAUUGGAUAUGGAUUUCGAGGAGCUGAACCUAAUUGUCCUUAUGUGAUUUUCAUUCUUAUGAUGCAGUGCUGCGUUGGCGUCUUCAUACAAUCUCUCACUGCAGGUAUCAUCUUUGCUAAACUUUCCCAACCUAAAAGAAGAGCACACACGUUGUUAUUUAGUCGCAAAGCCGUAAUUUGCAAUAGAGAUGGAGAAUAUUGCUUGUUGUUCAGAGUCGGUAACAUGAGGAAAUCACAUUUUGUCGGAACUUCCAUCAGAGCAUUCAUCGUUAAAGACAAAUAUACAAAAGAAGGUGAAUGUAUUCCACUGUGCCAAAACCCUCUAGACAUUCAACCAGAAACAUGCAAUGAUGAUGACUUUGUGUUUCUUGUGUGGCCAGUUACGAUUAUUCAUAAAAUUAACAAGACCAGUCCAUUUUGGGAAAUGUCUCUUGAAAAACUUCAAGAAGAGCAUUUCGAAAUUAUAGUCAUUUUAGAAGGCAUCGUUGAAUCUACUGGCAUGACUACACAAGUUCGAACUUCGUUUCUGCCUCGCGAAAUUCUUUGGGGACAUCGACUAGCUCCUUUGCUUACAUAUCAAAAAGAAAACGGACAGUACAAAAUAGAUUAUUCUCAAUUUCACGCCGUCAUUCCAAUU